ACGUCUUGUAGAUUAUUCAGUCUUUCAGCAGCAUUCCUAACUUUAAACAUUCUUAAAAUCAACCUUAAACAAAAUAAAAUGUCUUUCAAAACAUUGAUCUUUUUCGGACUUUUGGCGGUGGCUUUGGGAUUCACUCUGCCUGAAGAAAACUCAGUCAAUGGACCAUCAGAGUUUGUCUAUGGAGAUGUUGUACCAGUGUCUGAUGAUUUGGUUCUUGUGAGGAGAGCGAGAUCACCUCAAGGUUCUGUGAGUGGUACCUUUGAACACAGCCGCCCAAUGGGUUCAAGUGCAACAAUUGAUUACAACCACCGACUGAGCAAGAAUUUGGACGUUUAUGCUGGAGCUUCAAGGAAUUUCAAAUUCAACGACAACAGUGGACAUGCUGGUCUAAGAUAUAGGUUUUAAGAACGAUGCGAAUUGAGAAAGAAUUUAAUUUAUAAAUUAUUUGAAUAUAAUAAUACACGAAAAAAUAUUUAUUCUAAACUUGA